GAGCAAACUCCGCAGCCCUCAGUUUUAGUGCAUUGCUGCACCCAGCACCGCGCAGCGCUGCUAGAACUGCAUCUCGCAGCGCGCGGCACGCCCUCGCUGCACCGCGCCGCCACCAGAGCGCACGCCAGCCGCCGCGCUGCAACAGCACCUCGCAAGGAUGCCCAAGCCCACUCCAGCCAACCUCGCCGCCUUUGCACUGCUGGCCUUGCACGCCUCCUCACUGCUCACGAUCCCGCCGCUCGCCGUGAAUGUCGUGGUCACGGCGACGGCUAUUGUUUAUCUGGGCUGCCGCAAGGGCCUGAAAUUGCUGCCCGGCGCCAAGGCCAAGGCGGCGAAAGGCAAGAGCGCCGCGCCGCAGGAGACGGUCACGCUGAGCGCGACGGAGGCCUGGCAGUUCCCGUUGUACGGUUCCUUGGCGCUGUGCGGCAUGUAUGGCCUCAUCAAACUGCUCGGCAAGAAGGUGCUGAACUACAUUUUACUGGCCUACUUCCUGGGCAUCGGUCUGGUGGCGGUCGAGCAAUUGUUGGAGGCCGAGGCAUCUAGAUUUUUCAAGAAGGCCGCGCGGUCGCGGAAGAGGAGGGGCCGCGUCGUCACGCUCCCGCGAGUAAUUGCAUCGAUAGCUGAGCAGGCCACCGUCGAUCUCCGAGUCAACACGCUCCAGCAAGUCUGCUGGGGCGUGACGAUCAUCCUCAUGGUCGCCUACGCUUGUACAAAGCACUGGCUCCUCAACAACCUCAUUGCGGUAUCUUUAUGUAUUGGCGGCAUCGAAUCCAUAAGCAUCGGCUCCACAAAAACGGCAGCUUUACUCCUCGCUCUACUCUUCGUCUACGACAUCACGUGGGUCUUUGGCACCGACGUCAUGGUCACGGUGGCCAAGGGUAUCGACGGACCUGUCAAGUUGUUGUUCCGGCGGUCCUUCGACGACGCGGAAAAAAACUUCUCGAUGCUCGGUCUGGGCGACGUCGUCGUCCCGGGCCUCUUCCUCGCGUUAUUGUUGCGCUUCGACGUGGCCCAGAAGCGCCGCGGGAGGCCGUUCUUCCGUUUUACGUUAUUAGCCUACUCGUUGGGGCUCGCGGUGACGCUGUACGUCAUGUUCCGCUUCGACGCGGCGCAGCCGGCUCUGCUUUAUUUGGUGCCAAGUUGUUUAGGGGCGGCGGCCUUCGUCGGUUUAUGUCGGGGCGAGUUCUCUCAGUUUGUGUCGUAUUCGGAGGAGGAGGAUGCAACGGCGUCUGUGGCGUCGCCGCGGAAGCCUCGCGCCAGGUCGCCGAAGCGCGCCGCGUCGCCGAAGCGGGCCAAGUCGCCGAAACGGGCGGCGUCGCCGCGGCGCUCGACACGCAUCGCGUCGCAGUAGUCUGCAGCACUUGGCGUCUGCGUGGGGAUCGGGCGAUGAGUGACCUGUCGCGCCGGCGGCGUCUUGUGAGCUGAGGCGUCUCCUGGAGGUUAGUGUUAAC